CUAAACGAACUCGCGCAGAUUCAGCUCAGCAACAUUGCAUUGCGAAGUUAUUUUUACUACCCAUCAUUCAUUAUUUCCUCCGCCGCGCCGGUCACAUCCUCCAACGGAUGAGUCACGAUUCAUGACCUAAGUGUCUGGAGCUUACGCUUUGUUGGGUGUGUCGCUCGAGCCGUGGAUUCUCUCUCUUCUCUCAGUUGUGGUUCUCUUCUCCAAGAUCGUUGAGUCCAUUCCAGUCGCUGGAAGUCCUUCCCUCGCGUCGCCCCCUUUAUCUAAUCGGUGCCUCUGAAAUUCGUCAGUGCGUCAACUCCAAAUUCUUUGAAGGCCGCUUACCGCCGCAGUGCACUUGCAGUGUUCUCUUCAAUUUGUGUGUUUACAGAGGAACUUCUACACUUCAUCAAAAUGUCUCAAUACUACCCGUACAAGUGUACCCCCACUAUUUACCCUGCCAACCCAUUUGAUGCCAAUGCAGAUGCAGAGGUUUUGCGCAAAGCGAUGAAGGGAUUUGGAACAGAUGAGGCUGCAAUCAUUGAAGUCUUGGGUAGACGAGGCAUUGUGCAACGUCUCGAAAUUGCAGAGGCUUUCAAAACCCUGUACGGAAAAGAUCUGAUCGAUGAUUUGAAAAGUGAAUUGAGUGGAAAAUUUGAGCGAGUUAUCCUUGCUCUGCUCACACCAUUGCCUUUGUACUACGCCAAAGAACUUCAUGAUGCUAUUGCUGGACUUGGCACAGACGAAGGAGCCAUCAUCGAAAUUUUGUGCACAUUGAGCAACUACGGAAUAAAAACCAUUGCUUCCUUCUAUGAAAAAGAAUACGAGAAGUCAUUGGAGAAAGAUCUGAAAGGUGAUACAUCUGGCCACUUUCAAAGACUUUUGGUCUCUCUUGUUCAGGCCAAUCGAGAUGAAAGCGUUGAUGUGGAUCAGGCUCAAGUUCUGAAAGAUGCUGAAGAUCUGCAUGCCGCUGGCGUAGAAAAAAGUUGGGGAACUGAUGAAUCGGUCUUCAACAGCGUACUGGCAACGCGCAGCUACAAUCACCUGCGAGAGGUUUUCAACCAAUACGCCGUCAUUGCAGGACAUGAUAUUGAAGAAGCCAUCAGUAGCGAAUUUUCUGGCAGUGUUGGCAAAGGUCUUCUAGCCAUUGCCAAAGUUGUAAGGAGCAAGGUGACGUACUUUGCAGAAAGAUUGCAUGAUAGUAUGGCUGGAGCUGGAACUGAUGACAGAACUUUAAUUCGGAUCAUCGUCUCCCGGUCAGAAAUAGAUCUUGGUGAUAUUAAAGCUGCUUUCGAGGAAAAAUACGGCCAAACUUUGGAAUCGUGGAUUGCUGAUGAUGUAGGCGGAGAUACAAGCUCUCUCUUACAAAAACUUUUGGAAUAACUUGAUUCCAACAUAGUUCUCUAUGCAACAACAAUUCAGACUCCGCGCAUCUGAUUAUUCGCAUUCAAUUUAUCUGCGCAAAUUUUUUAUUUUUGUUUUAAGUUAGUGUUAAUUUUGUGUUAAAUGCAUAAUCUUCUAUACCGUCAAAAUACCAAUAACUGUCAUUAAGUAUUAUUUUUGUAUUUCAUUUGAACUGCAUGCCGUCCAAGUGCAAGCGCUUAACCGGUUUGAAAAAUCGAGCUGCCUUUCUCUGUACUUUUUCAUUGCUAUUCCUGUUGAUCUAAUUCUUUUAUCUAUUGCCUGCUUUUUAUUUCUAUUUUUAGGAUGAUACUUCCGGCGACUAUAAAAAAAUACUUCUAAAGGUAGUGCAGUCAUAGUUCCAUCCUUUCAUCAUUCAUCAGUACAACCAUACUAUUCUUUUUGUUCUUCAACUUGUUACCUAUUAAUUUAUUUUUCAUUUGAUUCAUUCGUUUUAUAUAUUUUGUACUCUUGUAGGUGCAAGUUUGUUAUGUUCAUUAAUUAUUGUAUUUUUAGUUUUUUGCAAAUUGUUAUUUUUAUUGGUAUUCUUUGCAUGACAUUCUAAAAUGUCUCAUUCUUUUAUUGAAUGAGGCAGAAAUUAUUUUUUUAUUUUCAAAUUUUAUCUUUGUUUUAUUGUGGCCUUAAGAAAAAGAAACCAAAGCACUAAAAUUUUGAUGGCUUUCCAAAAAAAAGAAAAAAUAUCUUCGGGUUUUUAAGUUUAACUGUGUACCUAAAAAGUGUCAAAUCAGCCUUUUCAGAAAUUUUUGAUGAACUGAUCUUUAUUACGUAUACAUUUGGCUUGAAAAGUUACCUUUAUUUUUAGAAUAAAUAAGCUGGUUUAUGUUAAUGGAA